CUUUAACAGCCCACCAGUCCUGACCGAGGUGGGAGGGGGGUCGGGGCGGGGAGUUUCUGGUUCCUUACGUCUUGACAGCCUAGAGGUUCGAAACGCUGAUGACAAGAGAUAAGUGAACGCGAUCCCUUUGGCGUGGCAGAUCCCAGAACAACUGCGAUGAAAAGCUACUCCACAUCUCGGCGACCUUUGCAAAGGGCUUCAGAACCAAAGAAAUAACUCUACCCGGAGAAGGGCUCCCUCCUUCGCGCUGUUAACAACUGCCUCGAUAUUACUUUUCUUUUUGUUUGGGUGUGGGGGAAUCUGGAUUAUUUUCCGAGCAAAAGGAAAGUUUUAUUUGAGGGGAGAGAAAAAAAAGCUUGAAGGUUUGGAAAUAUCUUGGCGGAGACGAGACUUUUUGGCGGAUUUCGGUUUCAAGUGACUUCCUUGCUGAGAAUUGUUCUUAAAUGACGGCCGAGGUUCAGCAGCCGCCGGCUCACAGCGCGGCCCAGAGUAGUUCCAUGUCUACGGGGAUCGAGAAGCCCAACAAUCAGAGCUCUGUGAUGGAAUCAGCCACCUCCACCACCAAAACUAAGAAAACAAACGCAGGCAUACGGCGCCCGGAGAAGCCUCCGUACUCGUACAUUGCCCUGAUUGUUAUGGCCAUUCAGAGCGCACCGACCAAGCGGUUAACGUUGAGCGAAAUCUAUCAGUUCCUGCAAAGCAGAUUCCCUUUUUUCCGAGGCUCCUACCAAGGCUGGAAGAACUCGGUGCGUCACAACCUCUCCUUGAAUGAGUGCUUCAUCAAACUGCCCAAGGGUCUAGGCAGACCGGGCAAAGGGCAUUACUGGACCAUUGACCCUGCCAGCGAGUUCAUGUUUGAGGAGGGCUCUUUCAGGCGGAGACCGAGGGGCUUUCGCAGGAAGUGCCAAGCUCUGAAGCCCAUGUACAGCAUGGUGAACGGAUUGGGGUUCAACCACAUCCCAGAGACGUACAACUUCCAGGGGUCUAGAGGACCCAUCUCGUGUGCUCCAAACGGACUCUCCCUAGAUGGUAGUAUUAGCAUGAUGAAUGGACAUUUGCCAAGCAACGUGGACGGGAUGAGUUUAUCGGGACAUUCUGUCUCCCACCUCUCCUCCAACAAUGGUCAUUAUAUGGGAAGUUGUACGGGAUCAUCCGUGGGAGACUACCCCAACCACGCCGACAGCUCAGUGUCCGCGUCUCCUUUGCUGCCCGGCGGCGGAGUGAUGGACACGCACUCCAUGUACACUACCGCGGCGUCAGCCUGGGCUCCUUCAGCAUCCGCGCUCAACAACGGACCUUCUUAUAUCAAACAGCAGCCCCUCUCACCGUGCAACCCGUCGGCGAAUCUAACUUCAAACCUGCAAGCGCAUUCUCUAGACCAGUCCUAUUUACAUCAGAAUAGCCACAACGCUGCAGAUAUACAAGCAGGAAUCCCGCGAUAUCAUUCGCAGUCUCCCAGCAUGUGCGACAGGAAAGAAUUUGUCUUCUCUUUCAACGCCAUGACAUCUCCUUCAAUGCAUCCAUCAACGAAUGGAUCUUACUAUCAUCAGCAAGUGACUUACCAAGAUAUCAAACCAUGUGUAAUGUGAUACCAUAUAGAGAGAACCGAGUGGAAUAUGUUCUCCCUUGCCUUGCACUGUAAUGGUUUUCACCUGCAUCUGCAGUGCGCUCCGGUCUGUAUAAACUUUAUGUUGAUCCUUAUUUAAAGAAAUAAGUGGGUCCAGGAUUAUUGCUAGAGAAAGAUACGAUCUGUGAAGGCACUUUCAGCUCAGCGAAGCUCAAUCUAAAUAGUUACUAUUUAUUCUAAAUUUUAGCUAACCUUCAUACAGGACACUGCAUAGACUCCAAAACCAUGAACUCUGCUGGCAAUAUUUGCCUUGUAUAAACGUGUCUUUUAAUAGAAAUCAUUCUAAUUAAAAAAAAGAGCACCCUUUCCUUUUUGAUUUGAAUGUGUAUUGAGGAAAAUACAUAUUUUGUGUUUUUUGUUGCUAUUUGGAAAGAUUUGAAAGCAGUAUUGUGACACGUUUUUUAACCUAAUCUUGCGCACUGUAUGCAAUGUAAUUCACGUGGAUUUUUAGAGGAGGUGGUUUGUAUGCUUUAGUAGAUGGUGAAAAGGACGUGCGCUUUUAUCCUGCGUCUGGUCUACACCAUAUUGUAUAAUUCUGUAAAAUAAAAGUAAAGCUGGCACGCAGUUUCCGUAGCCUGAAAUGAAUAUUGUAGUUAACAGCGUGAGGGGUGUGUAGAGACCCACCACAGCCCGCUCGUGAUCUGAAACUGCGGAGCUUCAAACUUGACAUUUCAGACACGGGGGUGUAAUUUAUUUGAAAGCCUGUUCCUCUCCGAUUAUCAGUGUUAUUUAACUCUAUAAUUGUCAUGUACAUAAACAGCGAAAUCAAAAGCAACGUUUUGCAAGUGAAAAUUUCCGAGUAUUUUUAAAUGGGGUAUAAUUGUAAAAUUUAAAACACCAAUUUCAAACACAAAAAGAUGAACAAGCAAA